ACCGGAUGUUGUGUUCCAUCUUGUGUCGCCAGUAAAUGCGCAACAAGAAAAUGAUAUUCUCCAAACUGUUACUGUUUAACUGGACCGUACAAGUGAUCGGGAAGACUUCUUUUUAACAGACGUUCAAUAAACAACAUAUUUAGGAACAGACAUGGCGCUCACCGAUGCUGACGUACAGAAACAGAUCAAGCACAUGAUGGGCUUCAUUGAGCAAGAGGCCAGUGAGAAAGCUGAGGAAAUUGAUUCUAAGGCGGAGGAAGAGUUCAACAUCGAGAAGGGUCGUCUGGUGCAGACUCAGAGGGUGAAAAUCAUGGGAUACUAUGAGAAGAAGGAAAAGCAGAUUGAACAACUUAAGAAAAUCAAGAUGUCCAACCUGUUGAACCAAGCGAGGCUGAAGGUGCUGAAGGCUCGUGACGACAUGAUCACGGAUUUACUGAAUGAGGCUCGUCAAAGACUUUCAGAGAUUGCCAAGGACCCUGCUAAUUACUCUAUCCUACUGGAGGGCCUGGUGCUGCAGGGAUUCUAUCAACUGCUGGAGCCUAAAGUUACCAUUCGCUGCCGACAGCAGGAUGUAGAACUGGUUCAGGCUGCCGUUAAUAAGAACAUCCCAAUCUACAAAGAGGCAGUGAAGAGCAACAUAGUGGUGAAAAUCGACCCGAACCGCUUUCUUUCGUCAGAGAUCUGUGGAGGGGUUGAAAUAUAUAAUGAUAAUGGAAAAAUCAAGGUUUCCAACGCUUUGGAGAACAGGCUUGAACUUAUGGCACAACAGAUGAUGCCGGAAAUCAGAAUGGAGUUAUUCGGAGCCAAUCCCAACCGCAAAUUCACAGAUUAACAGUGGAUUUAUAGAGAGCGGCGUGGACACGGGUGGAAUAUACUGUGUAAGGUGACCACAGACCAUCGUCAUAGUGAGCGACAGUCUGCACAAUCACCUACUUGUCAUCAGGGUCAAAGAAAAGCCUGAUUUACUUCAUAGGACGCUACUGAUGUUCAUAUAUCUUUUUAUUUUUGUACUAAUGGACUGGGUAAUAAUUCAACCUGUGCACUUUUACUGUGUAGGUGCCAUCUAUUUCACUUCUACAGGGAAUGUCCAGGGACUGCUGUAAAUUGCAGUGGCAAUGCAAAUAUGUAUUAUUUUCAGUUGUUUUGGGAAAUGUUGGAUCAAAGCUACAUAUUUAGGUCACCGCCUGUAAUGUGCUUGAUCAACUGGUAUGUUAAAUAUCUCUUUCUUAAACAGAAAGACUGCAUGUGCGUGCGGGCAGCAAAAGGAUGUUUACUAUUGUUCUGAAGCACUCGAUAUACAAAAAAAACCACCAAAGAAAUAAAUGUUUGACACAGAGAAA